GAAGCAGGAGAAGUGUUGUAGAUAAACAAUCUUAAAGUAACUACUCUACUAUAAUCAAGACCAUUCAUAAAUAAUUAUCGAUUGUAAACAUUAGAUAAUGAUGACAAUAGAUGUGGUCACUGGCGAUUUGCUUGACGGCAUAUUAUAUUGUGGUCAAUCAAGACAAGAGUACAGUUUUGUUUUUUUGCUUCCCUCUCAAUCUCGCUGUUCAUCGUUUUGAAUAGGCAUUUUUUUCACAGGCCAAUAGAGCCAACAAUUAGAAAACAAAAUCAGAGUAUUUUUAAGAACUAACGACAGCUCAAUAGCCUCAAUUAUAUCGGGACAUAAGAAAUUAAAAUUGUUAAGACUAACAAUAUUCCUCAAGCAAAUCUUAUUACUCAUCCACUUGUCGGUAUAAAUGUAAUAUUUUUUUGUUCUAUUGCUAAGAAAUAUGUUGACUUCACUAGAAACAUUUACAAAAAAAAAAAAAAAAAUCUAGCCAUCUUAAUAUUCAAUUUUUCUUUUUGGUAAAAAAAUUAAUGUUCAAAAUUUAGAAGACAAAACAAAGAAACACAUAUUCUCGCAGAUAAACUUUAAUAUUCUUUCUAAGUUCUUGGUCUCGCAAAUACAAUUUGUUUGCUUGCUAUUGAUACUUUCCUAAAAGACAUCUAAACAGAUUGGAUGAUUCUCUACAAUCAUUGUUCCAUUAUUCACAAUCAGUGAACUGAAUCAGAUAGAUAAUUCCAUCCUGAUUAAGUUUUUAAAAUAAAAUGUCUUUGAGUAAUCCCUACGUAAUCCAAACUAGAGAAGUCUCAAGUCUGUCAUAUUCUCUCGAAUUAUUGCUGAAAUGUAGACUUUUGGCUAUGAAUAUGUUACUGUAUAUUCGUAAUACUUUCUUCCUUCAGCAAAUAACUUUCAAAAUAUAACGGGACAUAUGCUAAUUUGUUUUUUGAGUUAAAAACUAUAAAUCUUAGCACUGUAUCAAUAAUUUAAUUUCAUCUAAGUAGACUUUUGCUACACCUAACCAUCUUUACAUAUAUUCCAUUAUGACUUUUGUCCUCACUCCUUCCUUAUACAAAUGCAUACAAUAGAAAAAACAUGCAUAUAAAGUUUAGAAUAUAUAUGUGUGACUUUCUUAUUGUAUGGCAUGCUUUCGUAUUGUAUGCAUUUGUAUAAUUAAGGAAGGAGUUAUGAGGACAAAAGUCAUAUGGAACUAUAUUACAUUACAGGUCAUGUUUUUUAUUCUAAGCAGCCCCAUGGGGUUAUUUCUUAACAUUGUGGACUUUUGUGUGUGUGGACUUUUGGUGAUAUAUAUAUAUAUAUAUAUAUAUAUAUAUAUAUAUAUAUAUAUAUAUAUAUAUGUUCUCUAAACCAUAAUAUUCACACAUGUUUCAUAAUAGAGAAAUGGCGAAAACGAAAUCUGGAGAGAAGCUAAAGCAUAGACAGAGGAAAGGGUUCUGGUCACCUGAAGAAGACGAGAAGCUAAGCAGAUUCAUCCUCUCUCAUGGCCAUUCUUGCUGGACCACUGUUCCCAUCAAAGCUGGGUUACAAAGGAAUGGGAAGAGCUGCAGACUAAGAUGGAUUAAUUACCUAAGACCAGGAUUAAAGAGGGAUAUGAUUAGUACAGAAGAGGAAGAGAUUAUCUUGACAUUUCACUCUUCCUUGGGUAACAAGUGGUCGAUGAUUGCGAAAUACUUACCGGGAAGAACAGACAACGAGAUAAAGAACUAUUGGCACUCUCAUUUGAAAAAGAGAUGGCUCAAGUCUCCAUCUAUUUCCUCUUCUUCUGAGUCACGUGUUUCUUGUGUAGAAAGAAACCCACAAACCGUAGUGUCUAAUCACGUUAUCUCCUUCCAGGGACCUCCAGAGAAUACAUCUUCAUCUCCAUCACAUGAAAUCAAUGGCAACAACAAAUAUCCAUGUUCUUCUGGUCCUGAGAUCCCAAGGAUUUUCUUCUCCGACUGGUUCUCUUCCUCUGAUUUGACAGACUCUAGCCACAAUCAAGCUCCAAGUAUUGAAAGAUCUGUCUUAGAUUACCAAGAAUCAUGUGAUGUUGAUCAGUUCCAUUACAACGAAAGGAUGAUUAACAACAGCAACUGGACUCUUGACGACGUUGUGUUUGGCUCGAAGUGUCAGAAGCAGGAGCAUAAAGUUGAUAGAGAGGCCUCAGAUUGCAACUCUUAUGGUUUUUUCUUUUCUUCAUCAACAAUGACGUAACGUCUAAAUUAAUGUAAAUUAAAUUUGUAAAGGAAAAACAAUUGGUGAUAAUAUGUUAAAAGAUUUGCAAUAUUCAUUAACUUUAUUUAAGAUUCUAGCACAAGAAGUAGCAAACUCGUAGUCAGCUAAACCAAACACAAAGUUUUUAGCUACAAAUAUGAUCUAAUGAUAAUAAAAGUGGCAAUACAGAUAU